AUGAGAAUUGAACAUCAGAAUCGCAUCUUUCCCGCAUCCCAAUAUCGAGCUUUAGACCCUGAUCUGAACGAGAUUCGCCUCAUUCAGGUAGAUCCUCUUAUAACCAACGACCCAGGCCCCGACAAUGGGUUCUCGCAAGUAGUUCGUUGCCGCCUAAAGCACGUCAGUCUCAAUGACAGUCCAAACUACACGGCACUGUCUUACGUCUGGGGGGACCCGACCAUCACUCGAACCAUCAUCGUCGACGACCAGCCAGUUCAAGUAACUGAAAACCUGGAGUCAGCGCUGAGACACCUGGCGACAGGGAGGUGGCACGAUGCAGAGCUCGGCUGGACGCUCUGGGUCGACGCCAUAUGUAUCGACCAGCAUAACUCGGCCGAGCGGACGCAGCAGGUCUCUCUGAUGAAGGCCAUUUUCCGGUCCGCCUUCAAAACGCUGAUUUGGCUGGGGCCCACGAGCGAGGACAGUAGGCUCGCCUUUAAUACUCUGGAAAGACUGAGCAGGAAAGCGAACGUGAUCAGUCGCCGGUUCCCCACGUGGGCCCAGUUCCCAUUCUCCGAGACGACCGCCGACCCCCUGGUUGCUGCUGUCCAGAAUGAUCUGGAAAAGACCAUUGGCGAGCUGUGUGCCGAUGAUUCCGCCGCGUUGAAGGCAAUCAGCUCGCUCUUUGACAGGCCGUGGUUUCGACGGGUAUGGGUCAUCCAGGAGCGUGUGCUGUCACUGUCUCCCUUUGUGUGUUGUGGCACGAGGUGCAUCACUUGGGCAACCUUCUUUGGUGGGUUCUGGUUGAUUUGUGGUCUCCGUGACUAUCUCAACUUCGUGGGCAGUAUUACCGGGAGGAGUAAUAACUCUGCGCUCGCGGCGGUUCUCACAGCAGCCCUGGACAGAGUGACUCCUGUCGCCUUCACGCAGUCUCGGUCUUCGUUUCUGUCGCUCUUUUCCCUGCUGUCUAGGAUGGCGGCGAAGGCGCAACUUCAAGCUUCAGAUCAACGAGACUACGUAUUCGCACUUCUGGGCCUGAUUGAUCGGAAUACGAGCCCACUUAUUCCGGUUGAGUACGACAAGAGCUGGGCGGCAGUCCGAGUCAACGUCGCCAAAGCCUGUUUGGCGUACUACGGACCCAGGCUGCUAUCAUUCGCUGGCUAUAGCAAUGACAUGGAAACUGCCGUCACCCAGACCCAGUACAUACCAUCCUGGGCUCCAGACUGGUCAUCGGAGCGUCUUCCUCAACCGCUAAGCGUAGACUCAAUCUUCGUUGUAAGAGGCCAGUAUAGGCCAAGGGCCUAUUCAGCUUCGGCAGGCGCGGUACAAGACCUUUCAUGGUCUUUCUCUGUGGAAAACCGACUAUCAUUAGCAGCGUUACUGGUUGACUACAUCGAACAUGUGGGGAGUCCGUUCAUAGGGGCAGAUGACGAAUAUGUGGAUGAUACGACGCUAGUCGCGUCCCUGGAUCUCUGGCUCCGCGAUUUUGAAACCAUGUUAUUGUGCCCCAACGAGAUCUAUCAGACGGCGGAGAGUAUAAGCGAGGCCCUGUGGAGGACGCCCAUUGCAGAUCGCGCUUUCGCGUAUAACUGGGAAAGGGAACGGGCAUCCGCGCAGACGCUCUCGGCAUAUCGGGCACUAAGGGCGGGCGAGGUCGCCAAGGGGGUCAAGUACGCGCACAUUGCCAGCGUUAAAUUACAUAGGACUUGCCCAUUCAGAUCUGCGAAGGGCUAUGUCGGGCUGGGCCCACUGCGAGUGUCUAGGGGGGAUUCUAUCUGGAUUAUACCCGGGUCUGACGUGCCUUUUGUCCUCCGCCCUUCAGGCUGCGGCGGCUUCCACGUUAUCGGCGAGGCUUACGUUCAUGGAAUCAUGGAUGGGGAGUUUCUACAAAAGGGGGCCGAGCAUGAGAAAAUAGAGCUUGUUUGA